GAGUUGUUGACAGAGGAGACGAGGUCCAAUCAUGGGUGCCUGGGCCCCUGCGUUGGCGCGUCUCCCCCAACCCCGGCCCAUCGUUCCAUGUUUCCAUAAUCCUCAUUUCCUUCGUUUUGCUCCAUCCACUCAUAUAAUCUCUCAACCUCACUCUUCUUGAUCUAACAGCCCGCCAUGGCCCAGGAAAGAGAGGUCACCACCACCAUAACGGCCACGACGACCGUGACCCUGCCCGCCAACCCCACGCCGAAGACCUACGCUGAGCUAAACCCCCGGCUCAAGCCUACCGAGUUCUUCGGCCCCAUCGGCGGCGGCAUCCUUACCUUUGUCACCCCGAUUGUCGCGUACGGCCUCUUCUACGGCUGUAACGAGGUGACUGGAUGCAGCGUUCCGCCCAAGCGCAACGUCCUUGAGUGGAUCGGCGACUGGCCCUCGAGCGCCGGCGCGCUGUGGGACUGGAAGGCCGCCGGCGUCUACCUUGCCUGGUACCUCUGGACCGUCCUGUGCUGGGCCAUCCUCCCCGGGGACUGGAUUGAGGGCACCCUCCUGCGCGAUGGCACACGCAAGACGUACAAGAUGAACGGUCUCUGGACAUUCAUGCUCACGCUCGGCAUUGUUGCCGGCACCGUCUCGCAGCCCGGCGGCGUCGCGGCCUUCGCGUGGAUUUACGACCACUUUGUGCCCCUCCUCUCGGCGUCGCUCGCCAUGUGCACGUUCCAGGCCGUGUUCGUUUACGUCAACUCGUUCUUCUCGGGCGAGCUCCUCGCGCACCAGGGCAACAGUGGCAACUUCUUCUACGACUUCUGGAUGGGCCGUCCGCUCAACCCCACUUGGCCCGGCUUCCCGAACUUUGACAUCAAGACUUUCAACGAGGUUCGCCCGGGCAUCAUUGGCUGGGUGAUCCUGAACGUUGCCUUCGCGUGCGCGCAGUACGAGCGCCUCGGCCGUGUUACCAACUCGAUGUGGCUUGUCCUCAUCUUCCAGGGCUGGUACUCGCUCGACUGCCUGCUCGCCGAGUCCUCGAUCCUCCAGCAGAUGGACAUCACGACCGACGGCUUCGGCUUCAUGCUCUCGUUCGGCGACCUCACCUGGUUGCCAUUCACGUACACGCUGCAGGCGCGCUACCUUGUGUUUGCGCCGACCGACCUCUCGAUCGCGGCGUGCGCGUUCAUCGUCGCUCUCGAAGUGCUGGGCCAGUACAUCUUCCGCUCGGCCAACAACGAGAAGACCGACUUCCGCAACGGCCGCAACCCCAAGAACCUGCAGUACAUGGAGACGCAGCGCGGCACCAAGCUUCUGACCUCGGGCUGGUGGGGCCGCUCGCGCCACCCCAACUACUUCGGCGACUGGAUCAUGGCCUGGGCGUGGUGCCUCCCCACGGGCUUCAGCUCGCCGAUUCCUUACUUCUACGUUAUUUACUUCGGCAUCCUGCUUGCCCACCGCCAGAUCCGUGACGACGAGGCAUGCAAGCAGAAGUACGGCAAGGACUGGGAGACUUACUGCAAGAAGGUCCCAUACAAGAUCAUUCCCUAUGUCUACUAAACACACCAACGAUUUAGGUGGUAGUUUGCUACCAUACCAACUAGUAGACUGCACUAUGCAUCUCGUAUACCCUGUAGUUGG